AAUCCAAAUCCAACCAUCGUACUAUCGUAGCAUAGCAUAUUAGCAGGUUGCUCCCACUACUCACAUAAACAGAAAGUGGCCAGUGAAGAAGAGAGAGAAACAGAGAAUGGCACAAGUCCAGCAUUUCCUAGGACUACGACCAUCCUCUUCUACAAAUGGGAUGUUCAUACCAGUCAUUCGACCUCAAUUUAACCCCAAGCUCCAUAUCCAUAUCUUUGCCGCCAUUUCUCUCUCUAAAUUUCCCAGAAGACUAACACUUUCCUUUCCCAAUCAUGUUUCCACCACUCGACCUUCCCCUUUUGCUUAUCCACACCACCCCACUUCUGGGUUUCGCCGUUUUUGCAAUUUUAAUGAUUCCGACUCAAUGUCACAGCUGGAGCUUGGGAAACGCAAACCUGAGAAGAGGGUGAACGCAAUAUUCUGGAUUAUUCUUCUUAACCUUGCUAUAUAUGUGGCCGAUCACAUGUUUCUGGUUCGAGACAUCAAAUCCCUGUACUUGUUCCACAAUCAGCCUGCUUGGUACCAGUUUGUGACAGCUGCAUUUUGUCAUGCAAAUUGGAACCAUCUUUCGAGCAACCUUUUCUUUCUGUACAUUUUCGGCAAGCUUGUGGAAGAGGAAGAGGGUAGCUUUGCGUUGUGGGUUUCUUAUAUUCUAACAGGUGCUGGUGCAAACCUUGUUUCUUGGUUGGUUCUCCCAAGAAACGCAGUUUCUGUUGGCGCAUCUGGUGCUGUUUUCGGCUUGUUUGCAAUAAGUGUCCUUGUGAAGUUGUCAAUGGAUUGGAGAAAAAUUCUCGAAGUACUUAUAUUAGGUCAAUUCGUUGUAGAGAAGGUGAUGGAAGCAGCUCAUGCAUCAACUGGUUUGUCAAAUGGCUUCAUUGGAACCCACUCGUUACAGAAUGUCAAUCACAUUGCACAUUUAUCAGGUGCUUUGGUUGGGGUACUUUUGGUAUGGUUACUAAGCAAGGUUCCAUCUGACCCUUCAGAAAAAGAAGGAUAGCCUGCCUGACGAGAGCAGAUAACAAACACGACUUUAUGAAAUGCAAACAAAGCCACUUGAAGAGUGUAAGCGCAGCUGAAAUGCAAACACGACUUAUGAAAUCAAACGAAUCCAUUUGCUUAUUAGCCGUAUGUAUUGAAGAUUGUAAAAAAAAAAAAAAGAAGUCAAAAUUGAGUCAAUUUCUAGGCUGUUGUGAAUAUCAAGUCUGAGCCUAGUAUUGUUUGCAUACGUAAAGACCUUUUUUAACUGUAAAUUGAAUAUAAGAGUGAAACUAUUAUUUUUUGGAAGCUUUUUCUCUUGUCUGAA